AUGGCCCCCUCGAAAGAGCAGCCACAGGCUACAAAAAAAGCAAAACUAUAUAACAGUAGAACCAUUCGCGCAGAGAAUGCGGACCCCAGUUUACGCAAUGGUAUUCUAAAUACCUCUGAGUACAUCACAUCCCGUGAAUUCGAGAUCCGAUCGUUCGAGGUAUCUCAGCACAACACUCGGAAUGCAGCCUCCACCCGUAUUUUUCAAAGUCUACCUCGUACAUUACGUCGUAGAACCGCCUCUCAUAAUGUCAAACGAAUCCCGCCUCGAUUGCGUAAGCGUGCGCUUCAUGAGAUGAAUUCUUCAGGAUUAUCGAAAGUCUCCAAGAAGCGGCGCACAGGAAGACAAUUGCAUUAUUUGAAAACGAGAAAGAAGCUUCUUCAGAUCGCGUGGAAAUUGCGUCGCUUGAAGGCUCCGAUCUCGUCUUCUGAGGGGACCAUCAAGGAGAGAAUCAGUGAUUUGAAUAGACAGUUGAACCUCGCCCAGAAGGAGACAAAGAACAGACUUAAUAAUACAAAUGGAGCUUAUGAUAAUAUUUCUACGAACAAAUUGUGCGCUCCACGCAUUGGUGUCAAGUAUGGCAAUCGUCAGAGAAAGUUUGCCUGGACGCCAAAUCACAUCUGGCAUGCCAAAAGAUUUCAUAUGUUCAAAAGAUGGGGAUGGCAUAUGCCCCUCUCCCCCAAUCAAAAGUGCUUCCGAGCUGUGACUCGGGCUUCCGGAGAGUAUGCGGUAGGUUGCGACACAUCUUAUUAUGGCUCUCUUGUGAUUCGAUGUCCUGACCUUGAAACUGCUAAAACAGCCAUCAACACAUUUACAGUAUACAACAAAACCAUUCCCAGUGAUAUUUUGGGCGGAGAGAAAGCUUACAAUGACUGGCUUUACCUAGACGAAAAGCAGGCGGCUCUUGUCUCUGGGUUUUUCGAACCACGCCAAAAUUCGCUCUUGAUAAGACUCCAUCCUGCCGACUAUGUGCGUUGUUUUGAAGCCAUAUUGGAGUGGGCUCAGCAGCAAAAAGGAGUUGAAGUAGACGAUUGUCGCUAUGCCCUUGGUAGCAUUGAGCUUCGGGGACCGGCUGCUCUCAACUACCUUGCUAAGAUCGCAUGUGGUCAAACAAGCGAAGGCAGCCUGGGCACCCUUCUUGAGUAUGGCAAACAUUUUGACUCCAACUUGGUACCAGUCGGAACGGUCAUAGCUUGUUUCGUGAGAGACCCGAGCCUACUGACUGGAGCUGCGCAUGUACCUUUCGAUACUGGGCACAAAACCUCUAGUAGCAAAACCGAAUCAAAAUUCAAACAACUCCUUGUGGAAAUGUCUUCGACAGUCGACCACGAUGCCUCUGAGGCGCUAUUAGUGUCAGAGAAGAGAUCCGAGGCUUACGAGAAUAUGCACGCAUGGAAGGCUGCCCGCAAAACAGGUUCUAAAAAACAAUCCAAGUUGACACCAGCUCUCAUCUACAAGUUGCGUUCGGGCGCCUGGUGCAUCAUCAUGCCCUGGUUUUUCAUACAGCCUCUUUGGAUGAGACUUCAAGAAACCACUCUGAACCGGUUCCAAUCUGUUGGAUAUCGCCAGAUGCACCAACUUGACACCGAGGCCAUGCGUGCACAUUAUCCACAUGACUUUCCAUUCACUGUUGCAGGCUACCAGGAACAUCAACUAAACUCAACCUCUAUUCAGAUUGCCCGCGAUAAACUUCCAAGCAGUAAGAAAUCAUGUCACGAGAAGACAGAGGAUUUAAUCUCAUCCGGUUGUGAUUGGUGGUCUUUGCAAAAAUGGAUUUUUGGCCAAAUGCUUCUUGGUAGCCUGCUGGACAAGACCUUCAAUUUCGGAGAAUUUAAUGGAGAGCACAACCGAGUUGUGCGCAACUCCAAAGACUUAAUGCUCGUAAUUCAUUCUCUUCGUCGUCCGAACGAUGUACAUAUCCCGGUAGCUUCUUUCAAUGCUGGGAACGCUAUACAUAAAGCGUUCGUUGAAGGCUCUUUCAAGCCUGACAUUUCUAAAUUUCCCGCUCUUCCGGUCAUUCAAAUAGCUCUUUUGCCCACAAAGAGAGGAACGAUUAAGAAUAAUGCUCGCAUUUAUUCUCGUGCAAACGAGUCUUCACACGACUCUUUGGUUGGAUUUGUGACCUCUGCUCUAUUCAAUCAGCAUUUGGGCAAUCCCAGCGCGAUAGGUGUUGUGAGCGCACAACUUAGGGAUUCGAAGGUCGUUUAUGUGAGAAAUGUGGGCUGUACAACAUUCAUAGCCGCUCGACUCAGUCUUUUGUAA